CUACUUGUUUUCAGCCCAAACGGCUCCAAGAACUAAAAGGGUUUGCUGCCUUCGCUAUGGCACAGCGAGCGGCGUGGGUGCCAGACGAGGAGGUCAGUGAGUGUCCUUUGUGCACUCAACAGUUUUCCCGAGCCAAGAGGAAGCAUCACUGCCGGGCUUGUGGCCGUGUGGUGUGUGGCAGCUGUAGUGGCAGCAAGCUCUUCCUCUCCAGCUAUGGCAAGGAGGAGCGCGUUUGUGACAGCUGCUUUGACUUGCUGCAGCACGACAAGGGGCGGCCAGUCAACGAGCAAUUCGUGGAGCAAAAGCAGAUCGAGGCUUCCCUCAAGGCGGACUUGAGAGAAAAGCAACAGCAAGAAGAGUGGUUCCGAAGCUUUCUAGCCCAGGUGGCUGCUGCGAAUGGGAAUGCUCACGCUCGCGCCGUCGAGGAGCUGCCACAGCUGAUCGCCAACGGCCAGCGGCGUUGGCGGGAGACCUGUCAGCAGCUCCAAAAGGAUGGAGAAGAGCUGGAGCAGUUGCAGGAGAAGGGCAAUCAGUUGGAGCUGCAGGGGCGUGCUCGGGCGAGCUCCUUGCAAGAGCUGCAGCGGACAGUGCAGCACAUGCAGAAGGACCUGAAGGUGAAGCAAAAGCGCUUCGCGUGGCCGGAGGGCCCAGCCCUGCAGAGUCAAUGCGACGAGCUACAACGAAGUACCAUCCUUUUGCAGCAGGAGCUUUCAGGGCUCCAGCAACGACGUGCGGCCCUCGAGGACCUCCAAGAGCGCUCGGAAGGGAGCAGGAGCGGAGAGAGUGAGCGGUGGAGGGAAGGGAGCUGGAGCUUCCGCACCGAGCAGGGUCACGAGGUGCGGGGUGAUUUGGUGACCAGCCAACCAAUUCACUGCUCCGGAGGGCUGCCCGGAAGCUCUUCUUUGUCUUUUUUGUUUGGAGACGAAGCUGGCUGUUUUUUUGGAGGCCAGAAAUAAGUCCGUCAAUCAGUCCGGUGCCGGCAGAAAUUUGGACGUUGGCUCAGACCCAGAAACCAGCAGAUGCUCGUCGACACUUUUGCAUGUACUUGGCCGUUGCCCAGGGGGGUGGAUGGCAUAUGGUGGCAUUCUCUAGUUUUCAGCCAUAGUCAUCUAAUCCAACACUGCGUGUUUUGGAGGUGCUGCGAUCCACCAAGGGGCCACGAGUUGGUAUGGCAGCGAGAGUGUGUGUCCAGAACCCGG